AUGGUGCUGAUGCUGAUGCUGAUGCUUGUGUUGUUUGUUGUGCUGUUGGGAACUGGGGGGAUUGUUUAUGCAAGUCACGGGAUAGCAAGGACCGGAAUGGAAAAGGGAAAAAUUAGAUGGGAAGCGGCAAUGCACUUUGGACAAUCAGAGCGCUACCAACAGCUUAAAAAUAGGCCGGUCAUUUCGAACUCUAAUCGAGAUGGGGAGUACCGGACGAUUGCCAAACAGUGCAGGAGAAAUGACAAGGUGACUGGGUCUGUGCAAGAACCACAAAAGCCGUUAGAUAAUAAAGAAUACCCCAGCUUUUUUCUCUUGACCUUUUCCAAGAGUCCAAGCUGGGGUCACAUGGGCAUGGGCAUGGGCAUGGGCAGGGGCGGUAGUAUGCCAAUGGCGGUGCUGGGCGGGUUGAAAUGGGAUGCAACCCAGUGUGUGGGAUACGAGGCUGGUGCUAUUGCUGUUGCUGUGGCCGAGACCAAAUAG